AUGGCGAAAAUGAGGCGGGCGAGGGGGCUUGGUGCGAAGUUAGGCCUCGUGCCGAGUUCCCCUCGCCCGCCUCACGCCCUCACCGAAUGCAUCCACAUCAACGACUUGUCCAUAGAAGACAGCAAGGUCAACUUCAAGGAGGACGACGCCAUCGAUAUCGAAAUCCACAACGUCUCGGCCUCCUUCCAAGGGACCCUGAGCUAUGGAUAUGUCGGCGCCUGGCUGUUGAAACUCAUCCAUUCCAUUGACUUCGAAAUCACUUCCUCCAUCGAUUUCCAGAUAGACACGAAAUUGGUUUGUGAAAACGGGCGCAUGGUGGUGCACACGUCCAACUGUUACCUCACCUUCCAUGAACUAACUUUACACCUCCAAGGAGACAAAGAUCCAGGAUGGUUAAAGCAGCUUUUUACAAACUUCAUCUCUUUCACAUUGAAGCUAGUUCUCAAAAACCAGGUGUGUAAAGAAAUCAAUUUCCUGUCUCAGCUCCUGGCAGAUUUUAUUAUGGGCAGAGCAGCAAACUUCAUCCAAGACGGAGAUAUCGGAAUGGAUAUUUCCCUAACGGCACAACCGGUGAUAAAUGCAAACUACCUGGAAUCGCAUCAUAAGGGCCUUCUCCUGUACAAAAACCAUUCCGGCACCUCACAGAAGUCGACAUUUGCACCGUCUCUGCUUUCCGAAUCCCGAAUGCUCUACUUCUGGUUUUCAGACCACGUUCUGAACUCUUUGGCCUUGGCAGCCUUUCUGGACGGACGCUUGGAAAUGACGCUUGCCGGGGAGGAAUUGCAGAGAAUGUUGGAAAGCGAAGAGCUGAAAGCUCACCAUGGGAUCCUGCAAGAGAUUUUCCAGGGUGCUUCCUACAAUGACUCCGUGGCCAAAGUGUGGAGCCUGGAUGCCCCUCAGAUCUCCCUCCAACCCACAGGGACGGUGGUGGAGUCCUCCGUGGCGGUGGAGCUGGCCAUUUCUCCGCAAAGAAAAGGGCCUUCCACGGUUCUGUACUUUGAGAAGGAUGUCACCGUUACGAUCCAAGCUUCGUACGUGCAAAAGAAGUUGGUCUUGCACCUCUCCCAUGCAACGAUAGAACCCAGAACGGUCAAGAGCUCCCCUGAGAUCAAUGUGGAUGACGAGGCACUUGGGCACUUUUUGGAGAAAAUCAUUUCUGUCGCUGGGAUCCCAGAAGUGAUUUCACGGCUGGAGCCAUCACUCACCUCUUUGAUGGACAGCAAGGGACUCUACCUAUUUGAAAUCAAAGAUCCCGAGAUCGUAACCCAAAAGGGCUACUUCAUUAUCCAGCUGGACUUUGCUUUUCCACACUCUUUGCUGAUAGAUUUCCUGAAGACGGCGAUAUAGGAAAACCUGCACAAGACCAAAGGAAAACACUCCAUUUAAAACCCCCAUAAAGGUGGUUUCUUUCCAUA